GUUUCCAUGCAUUUAGUGAACAUAAUAUAGUUAAAAAAACCCAUAAACUUAUGUGCAAGAUGCUGGCUCUAGAAUACAAUGAUGAAUUGAACUAAACGUCUUUUUGUAAUACGAGCAACGGUUCCGUGUUAGGUUUCGUUUCCAGGAAAACACGCUGUAUGGGAUCUCCCCUGUUCGGAGCGAGGAGGUAUCCAGGAUGUGAUAUUGUGAAACCUACAGUUGCCACUUGCCGCUGAGUUACCUUGCCUUGCUCUUUUCAUACGCUUUUCUCUUCACCAGAUUUGAUCCCACUGAAGACAAAGGGAAUUAAACGUUUCUGGUUAGAUUUGCUCUGUUUUUUCUUCCAGCAGAAUUUAAGCGAUCUCAUGGAUUAUUCAGGUAACAAACAGCCUGUUUCAAAUCAGGUACAACCCGUUACACAGCCACCUGGAUUUGGUACCAUGCCAACUGCUGUGGUAAUGCCUGCACCCCCACGGCUUCCUGGCUGUCCCCCGGGACUGGAGUAUCUUGCUCAGAUUGACCAGUUGCUCAUUCAUCAGAAAUUGGAGGUUGUUGAAGUUCUUCUAGGAUGGGAGAGCAACAACAAAUAUGACAUCAAAAACAGCCUUGGACAACAAGUGUUUUAUGCAGCUGAGGAGAACGACUGCUGCAACCGGAAUUUCUGUGGACCGCUGCGUUCCUUUACCAUAAGGAUUCUGGACAACUUUGGUCAAGAAAUACUAACUAUGACUCGGCCUCUAAAAUGUGGUAACUGCUGCUGUCCGUGCUGUCUUCAGGAGUUAGAAGUCCAAGCCCCACCAGGCACUCCAAUUGGUUAUGUUGUUCAAAACUGGCACCCAUUCCUGCCUAAAUUCACCAUUCUAAAUGAAAGAAAAGAGCCAGUGCUGAAAAUUGUGGGCCCUUUCUGUGACUGCAAGUGCUGCUCAGAUGUUAACUUUGAGGUGAAAUCUUUGGAUGAAAGUUCUACAGUUGGCAGGAUAUCCAAGCAAUGGACAGGUUUUUUUCGAGAAGCUUUUUCUGAUGCAGAUAACUUUGGAAUCCAGUUUCCUAAGGACCUUGAUGUCAAAAUUAAAGCUGUAAUGAUCGGUGCCUGUUUCCUUAUCGAUUUCAUGUUCUUUGAACACAAUCAGUAAGUAGAUGAGAUGUAUACACGGUUUCAUGGACUUUCCCAGUGUGCCCUGGAUUUGAAUGUUGUAUUUUCCAUUAAAUAUAUAAUUGUAAAGUAAAGGUAAAGUGCAUAAAGAAUGUAAAACAUCACUGAUCUUGUCUCUCUCUAGGAAUCACACAUGGAGUUUUACUCACUUUCUGUAAAUGGGAAAAUUACUACCGGUGUGUAAAAUAAUCAAUAAUCAGUAUGACAGAGCUUUCCUAAACAAUUUCUACCAUUCAUUUUGAAGCAACUAUAAAACAUUCCUUACAACAUACACCUAUAAUAAAACUGUCAGAUUUAGACACAUACUGUAUUAACUGUCCUUGACUAACAUACAGUACUAGAACUUAACGUGUCAUGGAGAGCAAACGUACAAAGGUUUAUCUGUAAUUCUGGCAGUUUGUCUAAUAAAUUCCUAAUACAUGCAUAACAAAUAUCUGUUCUAAGGUUUAAUAUACAUUUACAAUUACCAUUAGUAAGUUAGCUUUCAGUUCUUUCUUACUAAUACAAGACUGAGUUUACCAUCUGAUAUCCUCAAAUUUACUCCAGAUGUUCUAGUUAGAAAAGAUCAGGUAUUGUGACUGAAUUUGAAUACUAUUAGAACAUUUCAAUUUAUGUAGUUUUGCUCAAAUCUGAUGCUGCUUAUCUGUCUGUUCCCAAGAAGCUUGUUUAUUUCUUUGUUUCUUUUAAAACUACUAUUACACUAUUAAAAUUCUCCAGCUUGUGUAAAACAGUCUUGCUAGUGUCCUCACAAAAUCUGAUCAGGUUUAUAUGAUUUUAAAGGGUACACUUGGAAUACUUUGUCCUUUCCAUUAAGAACGUGGAGUUUGUAAGUGUUGUUAUUACAUAUGCUUUUACAGAUGUUUCUAUAACUUUAAUGUACAUCUUUUAAUUAUAUUUUUCUUUUGAUCUAAUUUUUAAUG